AUAGAAAUGCACUAGAAAUGGCCGUUUAGGUCUGUGGAAACGACGAUUAAUUCAUAAUAUCUAAGUUCAAAUAUAGUCACAGUCACAGAACACUUUACCCCUAGAUUAUAGUAAUUGCUCUGUUGUAGUGCCUACAGUCCUUGUUAUCGAAAAAUAGUGAUAAUGAUGUUUGUUUCAUGAUUCAUACUGAACAUUGUUAAUGGUUGUCGAAUUUAACUUUUUAUUGAGUAUUUUUCCACAUCAUACCACAAAUAUACAUUAAAAAAAGUGUGUUGUCCAUGUAAUGGUUACUUUUUACAAAAUUUCUCUGUAGUGAAACUUUCUUUUCUGAAUUUUUUUAAAAAGGAAACAAAGUUGGAAAUGUAGUAAUUCAAGUUGAUGUAUAACUUGAUAACUAUUUGCCCUUAGAUAAAAAAUAUCAAUAUGAGCUAUCAGGAUGAAUCUAGUUAUGUGGGAUCAUUCCCUAAGGACUUCAGCUACGGACCUUUUGAACAAAAUGGAGAAAAUGAUAACACUUCACUACAGGAAGAUCAUAAGCCACGAAUUCUUCUCAUGGGAUUAAGAAGGUCAGGGAAAUCUUCCAUUCAAAAGGUUGUAUUCCAUAAAAUGUCACCAAAUGAAACAUUGUUCUUAGAGUCCACUAAUAAAAUAGUGAAAGAUGAUAUUAACAACAGCAGCUUUGUGCAAUUUCAAAUCUGGGAUUUUCCUGGACAAAUAGAUUUUUUUGAUCCUACUUUUGAUUCUGACACUAUAUUUGGAGGUUGUGGUGCACUAGUUUUUGUAAUAGAUGCUCAGGAUGACUAUCAAGAUGCACUGGAUAAACUACAACUUACAGUCACAAAGGCGUACAGAGUAAAUAGCAAUAUAAAGUUUGAAGUGUUCAUCCAUAAAGUAGAUGGUCUCAAUGAUGACUAUAAAAUGGAAUCUCAAAGAGACAUUCAUCAUCGAGCAAAUGAAGACUUGGUAGAAGCUGGCUUAGAACAUGUUCAUUUAUCAUUUCAUCUAACCUCCAUUUAUGAUCAUUCUAUAUUUGAAGCAUUCAGUAAAGUAGUACAAAAAUUAAUUCCGCAACUGCCUACCUUAGAAAAUCUUCUCAAUAUACUAAUCUCUAAUUCCGGAAUUGAAAAAGCAUUCCUGUUUGAUGUAGUUUCCAAAAUAUACAUAGCAACGGACAGCUCUCCUGUAGAUAUGCAAAGUUAUGAACUAUGCUGUGAUAUGAUAGAUGUGGUCAUUGACAUAUCAUGUAUAUAUGGGAUGGUGGAUGAAACUGAAGUAAAUACAUUCAAUAGUCAAAGCUCAAGCCUUAUUAAGCUCAAUAAUGGUACAGUGCUUUAUUUACGCGAGGUCAAUAAAUUUCUCGCGCUUGUUUGUAUUUUGCGCGAAGAAAAUUUUCAAAAGCAAGGAGUGAUUGAUUACAAUUUCUUGUGCUUCCGUGAUGCAAUCACCCAAGUUUUUGAGCUUCGCAAUAAAAGCCAAGGCGCAGCCGCAGCCGCUAGAGCCCGCGCAGACUCCGAGCUAUUAGCCAAUGGAGGUGGAGAUUCUGCAGAGAGUACAUCCGACCAUUCUCAAGUACAACUAGCAUAGCACAAUAUUUAUGAAUUUAUGUUAUUUCUAUGUUAAUCGUAGAAAAAAAAGCUUAAAUUUUUACUACAUGGAUUUUGUAUAAUAUGUUCAACUAAAUAGAUUAUUAAUUAUAAUAUAUUGUUAAUAAAUGCAUAUUUUUUUC